UUUCGGAUUCUACUCGCCGAAAUCUACAGGAUUAUGUAAAAAAAAACUUACCAAUUUUUGGUUUCCCAAAGUAUAAUGCAGCCGACAACUGCAAAUGGAUAUUCAAAUCCAAUGUUACACAUAUAAGAAUUUUAUCUAACUGAUCAAACAGAUUCUCAGUCGAUGUGUGCGUUAAAGCACCUUCAUCAUGUAUAUUCUUUGAUCGUAUAUAGUAAGAGAUAGGAGAUGCCUAUCCUUAGUAAAAUCGUAACCAACGAAUUGAAAAAAUUAUUUAUCGUGGUUGUUUGAUACGUACAUAUAAUUGUUGCUUGUGUGCGGAAAACAGUACAUUCCAUAACUGUCCAUACUAGUACAAAAUUUGACAAUGCAAUACGUAUAGAUAAUGAGAAUAAACAUGUCUAUCUUUAAAAUAGUGCAUAUUUAACAUGUCGUAAAUGUAUGAAAGAAGUAUUGAGUCAGUGCUGCCGACAAAGAAUCUGUGAAUUUCAUAUAUAUCACGUGUAACCUCUUUUAUGCUUCAAUUGAUUAAAGAUUGUAAUAAUAGUUGAAAGAAGAUGAAGUUUGCAGAGCAUUUAUCUGCUCAUAUUACACCUGAGUGGCGUAAGCAAUACAUUAGUUAUGAGGAAAUGAAGGCUAUGCUUUAUACUGCUAUAGAAGAAGCACCCUCGGCUGAAAGUGUCGAACCAGAAGUAAUAUCUCGACACUUUGCUUCUUUCGAUGAGGUGUUUUUCACAUUUUGUGAUCGUGAAUUGAAAAAAAUUAAUACUUUUUAUUCUGAAAAGUUGGCAGAAGCAACACGUAAAUAUGCAGCUCUUCAAAGUGAAUUGAAAGUUGCUCUAGAAUUGCAGCAUGGUGGAGGCAAAAAUAAAGGAAAAGUAAUUGUUAAAACUCAUUUACCAACGAGGAAGCUUAGGGAACUGAAACUUGCAUUCUCAGAAUUUUAUUUAUCUCUCAUACUUCUUCAGAAUUAUCAGAAUCUUAAUUACACUGGUUUUCGGAAGAUUCUUAAGAAGCACGACAAGUUGUUGUCAGUAGAUAGCGGUUCAAAAUGGAGAGUAGAAUGCGUAGAGACAGCACAUUUUUACACGUCAAAAGAUAUAGACAAACUUAUACAAGAUACAGAAACUACUGUAACAAACGACUUAGAAGGUGGAGACAGACAGCGUGCCAUGAAAAGAUUACGUGUACCCCCUUUAGGCGAGCAUCAAAGUCCGUGGACUACUUUCAAGGUUGGAUUAUUCUCUGGCAGUUUCAUUAUCCUAUUUGUAGCAGUCGUACUUUCAGCAAUAUUCCAUGAUGGCGGAGAAAACUUAAAAAUCGCAUUUAGAUUAUACCGCGGCCCUUUGCUUAUUAUAGAAUUCUUAUUCCUUAUUGGAGUGAAUGUUUACGGGUGGCGAUCGUCGGGCGUAAAUCAUGUAUUAAUAUUUGAAUUGGAUCCUCGAAAUCAUCUUUCCGAACAACAUCUCAUGGAAUUAGCUGCUGUUCUUGGAGUCAUAUGGACCCUUAGUUUAUUGAGUUUUUUAUACAGUGCUAGUUUAAGUAUUCCACCAUAUGUAAAUCCAUUAGCCUUAGUUUGUAUAAUGCUGGCAUUUCUUUUGAAUCCAUUAAAAAUGUUUCGUCAUGAGGCUCGGUUUUGGUUGUUGAGAAUUAUUGGACGAGUUUUAAUAUCGCCAUUCGCAUAUGUCAAUUUCGCUGAUUUCUGGUUGGCAGAUCAGUUGAACAGCAUGGCUACGGCUUUGUUAGAUUUUCAUUUUUUGACAUGCUUUUACAUCACUAACGGAAACUGGUUGGAAGCAGGCGAUACCAUCCAAUGUAUGUCUGGUUCUCUACUUGUUAGGCCUAUUGUCAAUUGUCUACCCGCAUGGUUUCGUUUCGCGCAAUGCAUUCGACGGUACCGUGAUUCAAAAGAAGCAUUUCCACACUUGGCUAACGCUGGAAAAUAUUCGACAACUUUCCUUGUUGUUAUAGCUAAUACCAUGUGCGUCUAUCGGGCUGUGGACUAUUCAAGUCGAUGGGAGAAUCCAUGGUUAUGGCUUUGGGUAAUCAGUUGCUGUGUCAAUUCUAUAUAUUCCCUGACUUGGGAUUUAAAGAUGGACUGGGGUCUUUUAGAUAACAAUGCUGGUGAAAACAGAUUUUUGCGUGAAGAAGUUGUGUAUUCAGCAGCGGGAUUUUAUUAUUUUGCUAUGGCUGAGGACUUCAUUCUAAGAUUUGCGUGGAUCGCUAGUUUUGUUCUUGUCGAAUGCGAAUACGUAUCCAGCGAUUUAAUGAUAUCUGUGGUAGCACCUCUAGAAGUUUUUAGGAGAUUUGUUUGGAAUUUCUUUCGGCUAGAAAACGAACAUCUAAACAAUUGUGGUAAAUUUCGCGCUGUUCGCGAUAUAUCAAUAGCACCUAUAGAAAGCUCCGAUCAGACACAGAUUUUGCGCAUGAUGGAUGAGGAAAAUGGUGUACUUAAUAGAGGUAAACGUAAAAUAGGUGGUAAGCGACAAACUAAUCCCAAAGAAGACAAACGGGCUUUGCUUAAGGAAGAAACAAUUGAUAUCGACAUAUCUAAUGCUAGUUGAAAGUAGUUCAAAAAUUCGAUUCCGGGUUUCAAUUUAUAGGAAUAAAUUGUUUCAAAUGCAACAUAAUUUUAUGUAAAAAUUCGUACUUCGUUGCAAUUAGUGUAAAUCAAACAUUAUAAGUAACUAAUGUCUUGCCCUUAUAUUUGGCAAAAUUGAAGACUAUAAAGCUUGAACCGUUGCAAGUGCCUUCUAUAUCGUUCUUAAAAGAACUCUUAGUUGAACCUUGUAUUUAAUAAUUUAAUACUGUAAUAAUAUACUAUUGUGUAAUAUAUGCUAUAAAGUCUUCCAUAAAAGUAUUUAAGCACAUAACACAUUGCUUAUCGCUAACCAACUGGUUUGAUGGAUACUUUCGAGAAACGUCUUUAAAUACUGAUUUUUCUUAGCACUUGAAUAACGUAAAUAUACACUAAUUAUUUUUCUGAACACUUGUUACGUUACUAGCGAUACGUUAUGUGUUAAUAAUGUAUAUAUUUGUAAGUUAUAGUCUUCAAUUUUGAAGAACAAACAUAUAGUUUGAUAUCUGAAAAUAUAUAAAGUGUAACAGAUAAUUAUAGUAUCAUCAUACGUAAUUGGUAUGUCAUAGAUAGAAACAGAAGUAUUGUUUCAAAAUAUGAAAUAUUCUUUUAUCCGAAUGUAUCUAGUGAUAAUAAAACCUAGCAUUGUAAAGUUAAAUUUCUCAUUAUAUCAUAGGAUUUACAAAUUUUACGUUUGAAAAAUAGUGAAAUAAUGGAUAAUCUCGAGAAAUAUACAUGCAACUUUAUACUGCGA